AUGUCUACCCUCGUCGAUGCCGUCCUCCAGUCCGAGCUGGGAGGCUCCGGGUCUGGCGCCCGUGACAACAUCCGGUCCGACAACUUGCCGAGUUCUCGACGCUCCGAGAGCAAUGGUCCCAUGAGUGACAUGAAUGCCUUCCCCGAUGAUCGAGUUGUCGGGGCCAGCACGUCAGCCGUCAGCCGGCUACGGAAUCCGUACGCUCCGGGUCCUGCCCCUGUGAUUGACGAGGCUGGAGAGCGAGUACGAGCGGAAUUCGAGGAGCUGCUGGAGACUUUCAUGGAAGAACCCUCAUCAUCAGCACCGCCUUCUUCGGGUGAGAUGCUGAGUGACAAGUACUACGUCGCCCAGAUCAAGGGCAUGAAGAAAUUCGAGCUGUCUACUCUUUACGUCGACUACACCCACUUGGCCUCCUGGCAUAACCCCAUUCUGGCUGAUGCCAUCGCCGAGCAGUACUACCGAUUCCUUCCCUUCCUCACCAAGGGUCUCCACAACUUGGUCGCCAAGUAUGAACCAGAAUAUUUUGUUUCGCAUCGAUUGGCCUCCAGUGCCUCCUCCCAACCGAGCACUUCGGUUGCAUCCGCCUACGCCAGUGUGAACGACAACCCAGACCUGGAACGUCAGAUCCGUGAGAAGACCCGCCACCAACAGACAGACAAGCUGUUCGCCCUCGCUUUCUACAACCUGCCGCUGGUCUCCCGACUUCGCCAGCUGCGGACAAAUCAGAUUGGUAAGCUACUGUCGGUGUCUGGAACAGUCACACGAACCUCCGAAAUUCGGCCCGAGCUGUCACUGGGCACCUUCAUUUGCGAAGGCUGCAGGACCGUUGUGCCGAACGUCGAGCAGACUUUCAAGUACACCGAGCCUACAGAGUGCCCUAACGCAACCUGCGGUAACCGCUUUGGCUGGCGUCUGGAUAUUGGAAAAAGCACCUUCGUCGACUGGCAGAAGGUUAAGCUUCAGGAAUCCUCGCACGAGAUUCCGACUGGAAGCAUGCCUCGCACUAUGGAUAUCAUUCUUCGUGGUGAGAUGGUCGAUCGGUCGAAGGCUGGCGAGCGUUGCAUUUUCACCGGCACUUUGAUCGUCGUUCCUGAUGUUAGCCAGCUGGGUCUGCCCGGUAUGCGCCCCGAAGCUGUUCGUGACAACAGCUCUUUCCGUGGGAGUGAGGUCGGCGGCGGUGGUGUGUCCGGCUUGAAAGCUCUAGGUGUCCGCGAUCUGACCUACCGCCUGGCAUUCCUGGCCUGCAUGGUGACCCCCGACACUACCACCCCAGGCCAGAAGCCGGAGCAGCAACUCAGCGGCCAGUCGAACAACAUUCUGGCAUCUCUGAACCAGAAUUUGGACCCUGAUAUGAACGAUGAUAAGGCCCAGGAGGCGUUCCUGAAUAGCUUGACGGCGACCGAGGUCGAUGACUUGAAGAGAUUGGUGCACUCGGAGUACAUCUAUUCUCGCUUGGUGGACUCAAUUGCGCCGAUGAUCUGGGGUCAUCGCCAGAUUAAGAAGGGCCUGCUAUUGCAACUGAUUGGCGGUGUUGGCAAAACUACCCAACAGGAGAGCUUGCAGUUGCGUGGUGAUAUCAACAUCUGCAUUGUUGGUGAUCCAUCCACCAGUAAGAGUCAGUUUUUGAAGUACAUUUGCUCCCUGCACCCUCGCGCGGUCUAUACUUCCGGUAAGGCUUCGUCCGCUGCAGGUCUGACUGCCUCGGUCGUCAAGGAUGCCGAGACCGGCGAGUUCACCAUCGAAGCCGGCGCACUGAUGCUUGCUAAUGGCGGUGGUAUCUGCGCUAUCGACGAAUUUGACAAGAUGGACAUUGUCGACCAAGUCGCUAUCCACGAAGCAAUGGAACAGCAGACCAUCUCCAUUGCCAAGGCUGGCAUCCACACAACUCUCAACGCUCGUGCCUCCAUUCUCGCCGCUGCCAACCCCAUCGGCGGCCGAUACAACCCCAAGUUCACGCUGCGACAGAACCUGAACUUCAGUGCGCCCAUUAUGAGUCGUUUCGACGUGUUCUUCAUCAUUCGCGACGAUCCCAAGGAGAACAUCGAUCGCAAGCUGGCCGACCACAUCGUCAAUGUGCACAUGAACCGCGACGCCGCCGUCGAGCCCGAGCUCAGCACUGAACAGCUGCAGCGGUACAUCCAGUUCGCACGCACAUUCAAGCCAACUUUCACCGAGGAGGCGAAGACUCUCCUUGUCGAGAAGUACAAAGAGCUCCGCGCGAACGAUGCUCAGGGCGGCAUGGGCCGCAGCUCGUACCGCAUCACCGUGCGUCAGCUGGAGUCGCUGAUCCGUUUGUCCGAGGCUGUGGCCAAGGCAAACUGCGUGGAGGAAGUUAUCCCCAAAUUCGUCAUUGAAGCGUACGACCUGCUAAAGCAGAGCAUCGUGACGGUCGAGAAGGAUGACGUCGAGUUCGAUGACGACGCCGCCGCCGCUGCUGCCGCUGCCGCAGCUCGGAACGUCGAUGAGGACGAGGAAAUGGCCGACCGCGACCGUGAGGGUGAUAGUCCCAUGCGUGACGAAGGCGAGGAGGCGCCUGCUGAGAAGCCCGAGCGCCAGAAGACCAAGAUCACGUACGAGAAGUACGCAAAGAUUCUCAACUUCAUUGUACAGCGCAUCAAGGAGGAUGAGACCAACCAGGGCGAGGGUGUUGAGCAGGAGGAUCUGAUUAUCUGGUACUUGGAACAGAUCGAGGCUGAGCUGGAUACCCAGGAGGAUCUGGUUCGCGAGCGCGACCUGUGCACGAAGGUCAUCAAGCGGAUGGUUCGGGAGGGAAUGCUCCUGCGGAUCACGUCAAGCCUGGAUGACGAGGCUUCUACCCAGCAGGUAGAUGGGGACGACAAGGUCCUUUACGUGCUGCACCCCAAUGUCGCCUUCGAGGAGCUGUAA